AUGGCCCUUUUGCAGAAUGAAGAUUUUGCCAUCUGGUAUCUGCGCACAUCCUUUCUAGCAAGUGCCAAAGAUGGCACUGCAGAGCGACUCAUCAAUGUUAAUUCAUCAAUCUUAAACACUCCUGGGUUUCGUGCGGCAGGCUGGUCGGCGGACCCUGUUCACCGGACAUACUCUCCACCCAUUCCGACGUCCAUCAACAGCGAGUAUCUCAAGGAAGGCGCCGAUCUCCAGCAAAUAAACUCUCAAGCUGAUGAAGAGGACGAGGGUGGCCUCGUCACUGGCAGAACCAGCAACGACACCAUUGGUCCUGGCUUGAACGUCAGACGGAGGAGAAAGAAGGAGCAUGUCGAGGACGACGAUAGUAGUGAUCUCACCGACGAGUCAGACGAGGAAGUUGACGGUGGGCAACGGGCCGCACAGCAAAUUCGCUUUGCAAAGAUGCCCUCCCGUCAUCGAGCCGACUCUUCUCCAAUCCGGGGUUCAGAUGUAGAUGGGGGAAGGACGUCGCCGUUGAAAGCUCCUAACGACAGCCGACGCCGAACUGGAUCUCUCGGUGCUGUUGAGGCUGUCAAAGCUCGUGCUAGGCGCGACACCACCACGAGCAGCGACAUGUCCUCUGAAAACGAAGUCGAUCCCGCCUACUUCCAGCGCCGUCAAGUCUAUGCAGGCCAGAGGUCCAAAUCUGCGCCCAUCCCCAAUGGUGGACAAGUAAGGAUUGAAGCAGAGCACGGUCAACUAGGAGAUGUGCAGGAGGACUCUGAUGCUGAAUCUGUUGGAUCUGCAAUGUCAUCAGAGCUGGGCGACACCAUGGACUCAGCAUCCCUACUCAAUACUAUGGAAGACACGAAUCUUACAUCUACACCACCAACGCUCGGCAGUCUGACCGGCUCGGGGCCUCGUUCAUCUCAACCGGAAUCGCCAAGAAGACAGCGAACGUUGCCGAUCUUGCAUGAGCUACCACCUCCUCGACCUAUUAGUAUGAUCCAGCCCAAGAGCUUACUUACUGAGGCCCUUGGUGCCCAGAAAAAGGGUCCAAGCAACCCUAUACAGGCAUUUGCUGGUCUCUCCGGCAAAGGUACCCCAAAUCCACUCUGGAUCAAGAUAUACACGCCUUUCGCCAAUGACACCGAUGAACCUUUUGAGAUGCCGCUGGCUCGGAUGUCUAAAGACGGCAGUCUGAUCAUUGUCGCUGAAGCGAUCGGUCACGCUCUUUGGAGAUACGGAGAGGAAAAGCGGGAGCCGGCUCUUACACCCGAACAGCUUGAUGUCAACAAAUGGACAUUGCGAAUGGUGGAAGAUGGAGAGGUGGAUGAUGAUUUCCCACCGCUCGUUCGUACGAGGCCUGUGACUGACUUCACCUACAACAACAACAGAGGCGGAAGAGGUCGUGCAAGAGAUCGCCCAUUCGAUGACUUUGCGCUUGUGGAAGCUUCCCGUGCACAGUAUGAAGCGAACAAGAAAGAAACCCCUCAGUUUAUACCAGACGCUGCGGCGGAAGCUGGUCCUGUCAUCACGCUAGAUGGAGCCACACCACAAUCUCAACCACCACCACCGCUUCCUGUGUCGAAAGCGCCACCAUCGCGAACCAACAUACUCCUGGCUGGACAGCCAUUCACCUCGGCGCUAAGCAACACGUCCUUGACACCCGCAGAUCUCCCUGCGCCAGCGGCACCGCAGGCCACACCACGCAUGGGGGCGACGAAGACCAUCAGGAUACGGUAUUUGAACCUCGAGAUGACUGCGCAGACGAUGACCAUGGAGAUCUCGACGGAUGGCUACAUUGCGGAGAUCCUGGACCAUGUCUGCAAGAGAUGGAACCUGGAGAAAGCCGGCUUUGUCCUAAAAGUGGCCGGUACAAAUACUGUGGCGCCACUAGAUCGUACCGUAGAAGCCCUGGGCUCACGAUCCGAGCUAGAUCUAGUACGUCGGAGGUUUGGAGCUGGUGUUAGUUUGACGGGCUCACCAGGCAGUUCGUCGCCCAACGCACCCCUCUUGUUGGAUAUCCAAGGCCCCAAGAAGGGCAAGAGAGGCCAGCCCCUCCAUCCCCUGGCACAGAAGCAGGACCUGUUGUCAACUGCCAGCAACUUCAAGAAAUACUAUGUCACGCGGAAACAGCUGGGUGGCUUUGCACAAGGGAGUCAGAGGGUGCUUGUGUUUGAUGGCGACAUCAUUCAUGUCAUGCCGGCCGACACCAGUUCCCACGCCAAAUUCAGCUCGAUUGCAUUCAACGAUAUCUUGAAGUGCAAGGUCAGCUCCAAGCACCCCAAGCUUGUUCGAAUUGUGGUGCGGCGAAUCAAUGAAUCGAAGCGAUACGAUUUUGAGGCGCGGACAGCUGGGGAGGCGCAGGAAAUUGUCGACGAGGUAACGCGGGAGAUGAGGCUGGCGCGGGCAUGA